GGAGUUUCUGGUAGCUGUGGGUCUCCCUAGAUCUUUACAGGGGAGCUGGUUACAACACAGGCAGUGGCAUUCGUUAGAACCCAAGCCUGUGCACACUUAGCAUGUCUGCUCCUGCUGGGUGUGCACUUUACAUAAAAGAACAAUCUAGGGCAGUGAUUGAACUUGGACUGAGGCUAUGCAUGAUGAAGUGGUCAGAGGGACAUGGUCAGAUGUCAGCCGGUUACUUUAAAGGAGAAAGAAGAAAGCAAGAGAGAGAGAGAGAGAGAGAGAGAGAGGUCUUCCAUCCGCUGGUUCACUCCCCAGAUGGCUGCAACGGCCAAAGCUGUGACGAUCUGAAGCCAGGAGCCAGGAGCUUCUUCUUGGUCUCCUACCCGGGUGCAGGGGCCCAAGGACUUGGGCCAUCUUCCACUGCCUUCCCAGGCCACAGCAGAGAGCUGGAUGGGAAGUGGAGCAGCUGGGACUCGAACUGGUGCCCAUACGGGAUGGCAGCACUGCAGGCCACCACUAGGCCACAGCACAGGCCCCCUGAUAGGUUGUUAGUCAUGCAAAUGUCUUCUUUAUGUGUGUUCCUGUGAUGUUUACAAUCCUCUUCUCCACCUCCCUCUCUCGUGCUGUCCCCCCUGUAGACCCUGCCCGGAAGUUCCCGCGUAGGCAGAGCGCCCUCCACACGUUCUCAAUCAUGGAGGCCAAUCAGGAGACUUCUCUCUUCCUGAUGAAGAUCUUGGAGGAGCUGGACAGCAAGCAGAACACGGUUUCCUAUCAGGACCUGUGCAAGUCCCUGUGCGCCCGGUUCGACCUGACGCAGCUGGCCAAGCUGAGAAGCGUGCUGUUCUACACGGCUUGCCUCGACCCCAAUUUCCCAGCCACGCUCUUCAAGGACAAGAUGAAAUGCAAUGUGAACAACCAGCAGUCGAAGAAGAUCAUGGUGGCGGCAGACAUCGUGACGAUAUUCAACCUGAUCCAGAUGAACGGCGGCGCGGCCAAGGAGAAGCUGCCCGGCGGCCGCCAGAAAAUACGCAGAAAGGAGGCUUCGUUUGAGUCGUGCCGGUCAGACGUGGAGAUGUGUGCAGCGGCCGAGUGUGAGUCGCUCAACUGCGAGCUGAGUGACAGGCCUUUCAGCCGGGGCUACCCCUCCAGGCAGUCCUCCAAGGGCCGCAAGAUGGAGUGCAAGGACUGCCCGCAGUUCGUCCCCGCCUCCGAGCCGAACUUCCUGCUGGGCGUGGGCAAAGAGAGGAAGCACCGGGCGGCCUCGCUGGACAGGCUGCAGGCCCUGGCCCCCUACUCCGUGGCCAGCCCACGGCCCUGUGAGAUGCAGAGGACCUACUUCCCCAUGGACAUCGAGAACGAGUCCAUCUCCGACCAGGACUCGCUGUCCAUCGGCCAAGGCAUCAAGGACGCCUUCGUCUCCAGCGAGGAGCCCUUCGUGGUCCCAUCCUGUGUCCAGAAGAGGAACAUCUUCAAAGAGGACUUUCACAACCUCAUGCCCGUCUCCCCCAGUCUGGUGGGCCCUGCCAGCAAAGCGGAGGGGGAGUGUGGGGAACCCCCGGGGCGGAAGGAGCCCCACAAGCCGCCCUUCUUUAACCACAGCUUCGAGAUGCCCUACAACAGCCAGUACCUGAAUCCCGGCUAUUCCCCGGUGCCUGACAAACGGCGGGUCAAGCACGAGAGCCUGGACGACCUUCAAGCCUCCACGUACUUCGGACCCACGCCGGUGCUGGGGACCCAGGAGGCCAGGCGCUGCCCCGGGCGGCCCAGCAAGCAGACCCCGUGGCCAGCCAAAAGCUGGAGCCUGAACACGGAGGAAGUCCCUGAUUUCGAGCGGUCCUUUUUCACCAGGAAUCCGUCCGGGGAGAAGCUGUGCUAUCAGAAUUCAAGCAGCCCGGCGCCCGGUUUCCCAGCCCCAGACAGACGCCCGGCUUACCUGGCGCCCAAGGAGCAGCCACCCAUUCUCCCGGUGAGCUACGCGGCCAAGCCCAACGGGCUCAAAGCUAAAGAGAUCCCAUCCCCCGUCGACCUGGAGAAGCACGAGCCGGUCAAAAAGUUCAAAGACAAGAGCAUCAGCUGCACCAGCGGGCAGCUCAGCUCCGACACCAGCAGCGUGGGCACCCAGACGGAGCAGCACGUGCUGGAGCCCAAGAAAGCCAAAGACUUGUGCGCCUCCGGGCAGGGCAAGUACGGAGACAGGCACGCCAGGAAGCACUCGGACGACGACUCGGAGAUCGUCAGCGAUGACAUCAGCGACAUCUUCCGAUUCCUGGACGACAUGAGCAUCAGCGGCUCCACGGGGGUGAUGCACUCGUCCUGUUACAACAGCACCGGGUCCCUGUCCCAGCUGCACAAGUCCGACGGCGACAGCUCCCCGGAGCGCCACCGCCCCAAGGUGGCCAACGGGGUCCCCGGCGGCGGCAAGGGGGACAAGGCUCUCCACCACUCGGAGGAGGAGCUGAAGACCAGCGUGUGCAAACUGGUGCUGCGGAUCGGCGAGAUCGAGCGCAAGCUGGAGUCCCUGUCCGGAGUCCGCGAGGAGAUCUCCCAGGUCUUGGGCAAACUCAACAAACUGGACCAGAAAAUGCAGCAGCCGGAGAAGGUGAGCGUGCAGGUGGAUCUGAACUCCCUGACGAGCGAGGCUCCGUCCGACGACACUGCCUCUCCCCGCGGGUUCCGGGCGCACGGCGGCUCCCACGGACCCACCCUGGAGAACAGCGCCGACUGGUGCUGCUCCGACGCCAGCGGGAGCAACAGCGAGAGCCUGCGUGUGCAGGCCUUGAAGAAAAGCCUCUUCACCAGGCCGUCCUCCAGGUCCUUGACCGAGGAGAACAGCGCCACCGAGUCCAAAAUCGCCAGCAUCUCCAAUUCGCCCAGAGACUGGCGCACCAUCACCUACGCCAACCGCGCGGGCCUGGGCGGCGAGGAGAGGAAAGACGCGGGCCCGGCAGACAACAAGGACUGGCAUCGCAAAUCCAAAGAGGCUGACAGACAGUAUGACCUUCCCCGACAGCCCCGACCGCCCAAGCAGCCCAAAGACGGCUUCCUGGUGGAGCAGGUGUUCAGCCCCCACCCCUACCCCGCCUCCCUCAAGGCCCACAUGAAGAGCAACCCCCUGUACACGGACAUGCGGCUGACCGAGCUGGCCGAGGUGAAGCGGGGCCAGCCGUCGUGGACCGUGGAGGAGUACGCACGGAAUGCGGGCGACAAGGGCAAGCUCGCGGCCCUGGACCUGCAGACGCAAGAAUCUCUAAACCCCAACAACUUAGAAUAUUGGAUGGAAGAUAUUUAUACUCCAGGGUACGAUUCGCUAUUAAAACGGAAGGAGGCUGAAUUCCGGCGAGCCAAGGUCUGCAAGAUAGCGGCUCUGAUCGCCGCCGCCGCGUGCACCGUCGUCCUGGUCAUCGUUGUCCCCAUCUGCACGAUGAAAUCCUGAGCCCGUGGACGCCCCAGCUCCAUCCGGCUCCUCACGGCGGCGAGGCCACGGUGUGCGGACAUGGAGAUGGCACCACAUGUCCCAACAACGCUGAAGGUAGCCGUCUACACCUUCUCCGGAGAAAUCUACCUGUUAGCUCUGACUUAAUCACGCACCGAUGCAGCAGUUUUUAGAAGUGCAAUAUCUCUUCCCACUGAAAGAAUGUAACGGACUGUCGGUGACUCCGAAUGGAAGAGCCCAAGCGGAAAAAGAAGGGGGAGGCUGACCUCACCCUUUCUCGUUUGGUGAGGUUUCUUGGUGGGGAAUAAGUUACACAGGAGGUAUUUAAUAGCUGUGUCUUUCGAAGAAGCUUGGGGAGACAGCAAGGCGAGACAAACUCUCUUUUCCUUAAUGUCCGUGUUCGUUGCUGGGGCAGGGGCAGGGCGUGGCUCCCGGCAGACCACUGCUUCUCCGCUGACUCUUACCAAGGGCUUUCUGCUGUCAUCACGACGGACACAUCUGAGUCCUUGCAGAUCCUUCUGGAAACAUCCUGAAGCUUCCUCCUCGUCCCGAGGCAGCAAGGAGCGGGACCGCCGAACUGGGUGCAUCGCAUGUGCUUCCCGUGCACAUGGGGCCGAGGUGUUCAGGCCGGGAGACCCGCCCCUCCCCGGCCACCAGGGAGCUCCCUGCUGAUGGUCACAAGGUCAACGCUGGGGGAUCACGGCCACCCCCGGAGGCUCUCCCGUCCGUGCUUUGGGCUGUGGCUGCACGCCUGGAUUUCCUGGCUCCUGCUGGUGCCAGAGGCUCCGUUCACACCUGAGAUGAAGACUUGUCCUUGUGCCUUGAAGAGUACAGACAGCGGCCACACUGACAUUCUAACUGUCCCCGUGGUUCCCGCGUGCCCCCAGCCAGCCUCUGUCCGUGGCCGAAGCUCGUUCCGUCGUAAGAUAAAGGCACUGAGACCUUCUCAAUAUACUCCACCGUCCUGAAGACCUGUCAGCAGUGCAAAAAAUAUUAUCUAUUUAACCAGUUAUCUAUCUAGAUGUCUAUCUAAAUGCCAGUGUCUCUUUCUUGUCUUUUCUGUUCAAUGAUUGAGAGCGAGGUUUCUCCAGUGUACAUGAAGCUGUUGCAAAUUCCCGGAAGUUUCAUCUCAGUACCCCUUGCGGAAUGGUGCUUUGAUAGGACCGGACAGAUGGACGCAUCAUCCAAGAUAAAGAGGAGAAUGAUGGACAGAACCCAGUCGCCUAAAAUUCUGCUGGCAGUGUGGAAAGCAAAUAAACUUGGGCCCUGACAACGGUCCCUGCGGACGGUGUUUUAAAUUCCUGUGCGUGGGACUUGGGAAGCACCUCCAUUUUUAAAGCAAUAGGACUCCAGCGUCCGUCCUACGAAAAUUCCGAGUACUGCUUAGUUUGCCGUGUCUGAUUCUAUUGCUCGCCACUAAGGGGUCAUCAGUAAAUCCUGUGAUGUUAACAAAUGAGGGAGGCGUUGUCUCUAGAGCCCUUCUGUGUUAUCCGUUUCUGUGGUCGUGUUUCUGUAUGCGUUUGCCAUCAGGUGAUUGAAACUUAAGCCUUAGUAUGGAAAACUGAGGAUAUAUCGUUGAAAAUGAAAUCUUUUGUCUAUUGUCAGAGUUUCCGCCUUUUGGUGCUCUGUUUUGGGCUGGGCGCUUUCGACAAGGCUGUUGCUCUCACUCCAAAGAGGAUAAGCCCCCACACCACGUUCGGACCCCUCCGUGCCCCUCUUUGCCACAGGUUAAGCUACCAGAGCAUCAGCCACGGUAGUUCUCAGCCUCUUGCUCUAUUGUGUGCGGAAGAGCUGAUGGGUACCAGCCCAGGAUAAGAGAGACCGGGUCAAAUCCCAAAUCCCAACCGGACUCUUCCGCUCGACAGGUAGGAUCACGGGGGCUGGACCAAAACACUUUCAGCACUGCCCUUGGGUGAGUCUGUUCCCAGUGGGCCCAGUUUGGGCCCUGUGCCUACCUAGCUACGUAGUGAGGGCGUGGCUCUAAGCCCUGCCCCAAGCCAGAGACGGAAGGCCCACAGAAUCUUCUUCUGCAGUUUUUGAAUCUGGGGAGGCAGCCAGAGACAUUCCGUCCUGCUCCAAGUCCAGUGCAGCUUUAAAAUACAACUCAGUGUCGUUGUCACAUGAUGGAAAUGUCCAUACCUGCUCACAGCCCAGGAAACCGGACCGUGAAGGCCAAAGGUAAGGUUGUAUUCUCUGGAAAGGGGUCGCCCUCUCCCCAGUGGUGCCGGGUCCGACAUGAAGGUUACAGACCUUCCCCAUGGCUUGAAGCUAAUGGAUGAUUGGAGUCUUGAGGUCAUUCGAAGGUGAAGUUCAUGGUUGAUGCUGUCUCGCAGUCAAUUCCAAGCUCUCUGGACCUCCCCUGGUUCCUCCUGUCCCUCCACUUGCAGAGUGGAGCAGGUCUGGCUGGGGUGGAGACAUCUAUGCCCACCUUCUACAGUGAGCUCCCUGCAGGCGGCACAGGGACCAUCCUGUUUAUCACUUGUUUUGGGUGCCAUCUUCUACUGCUCUCUCUGGCAUUUUUAUGUAAGGUACAGUUUCCUGUACCUUAGCAAAAUUCAUCUUCUUCUACUUAUAUUUUUAAAAGACUUUAUUUAUUUGAAACUCAGAGUUAUAGAGAGAGGGAGAGAGAGAGAGAGAAAGAGAGAGAGAGAGAGAUCUUCCAUCUGCUGGUUCACUUCCCCGAUGACCUCAAUGGCCUGCACUGGGCCAGGCCAAAGCCAGGAGCCAGGAUCUCUCACAGGGUGGCAGGGGCCCAAACGCUUGGGUCAUCUUCCACUGCCUUUUGCAGGCCUUUAGCAGGGAGCUGGAUCGGAAGUGGAGCAGCCGAGAGAUGAACUGGGAUGCCAGCGUUGCAGGUGGCGGCUUUCUCAGCCAUAACGCCAGCCCCUCACUUACAUUUUUAAAGCAUACAAUCCAAUUCAGUUAUGACCGAAGGCAUUAUUUUGAAAUCAAAUUCCUUAGCCGGUGAUUCAAUUUAGAAUCAUUUCAUCCUCUUUCCCAAUCUGAAUUUGGUCUGAACACAGCCUGGCAGAAAAGCGAAUUUCACAGCACUCAGUUCUCAGACAUUUUACACCAGCCCUCCCUUCUUUAAAUUGCAGAGACAGUUCAGCAAAUCAUAUUUACAUCACUCAAGACCACCUGAUCGUAAGCCGUUAGCACUUUAUAGCUUGCAGCUACGCGAUUGGUAUCUGACGGGCUGGUUCAGUCACGGCUCUGAGUAUCUUGGCCCUAGGUCUGAUCCCCUCUUUUGGAAUCAAGACACUGUUUUUGCUCCCCGUUUAUCAAGACAAGAGCAGUAGCACCUCUUUUGGUUGGUUGGCUGGAAAGGAAACAGCUCCGCCACUGGUGAAAGACUCCAUGCAGUGGUACAGACAUUUGUGAAGGCGGAGCUUCAAUGCGCUUCCUCUUAUAAUCAACCCGCAAGAAUAUCGUGGUCGAUCGUGUGAAUACCAAAUCCAUAUAUCCUGUCUGUUGUGCUAUGGACAUUUGCAUUUCAAGGCACAGCUGAGAGUCAUGGUUGGUAUGACGGUUGGCGGUUGGCGGUUGGCGGGAAGGGUAUUAGCUAUUUCUUAACUAACAAAGAGAAAUGCAACAAACUUACUUAUUUAUGCCUUAUGAAUAACAGAGUGUGAAAUGCAAGGUGAGGUUGUGUGUGUAAGACCCUUAAGCAGUGGGGAUCCACGGAAGCAGGACUGUGUCUUUUCUACGUGUGUUCUGUACAGCUCUUAGCACACUCUUGGUGCUUGAUAAAUGUUAUAUAAUACCAAUAACGAAGCACAUUUUUAGAUCUUUUUUCAAAUGGCUUGUGUACAAUUUGGUUAAUGUACAAUGGUUGGUUUGAAGCUAUCAUGUAAAAUUUGCCUCUCCAAAAUAUAAUCGUAAAUAAACGGAAAAUACAGAGAAA